CGGGCAGUAGGCGGGGCCUCGCUGAGGACCCCGGGCUGGGCGCCGCCGCCGGUUUGUCUACCCUUUCCCUCAGCCACCUCCUUUCAACCUUGUCCACCCGUCGGCGCGGCCUUUGCUGCAGCGGCUGCGGCUCCCGUUCCUGCCGCAGCUCUGUCCCUUCCUUCCCUCCCCACCAGAUCCCCGAGUUCGCCCGUCAUGGCUUUACUCACUGCGGCCGCCCGGCUCUUCGGAGCCAAGAAUGCAUCCUGUCUUGUUCUUGCUGCUCGGCAUGCCAGUGCGUCCCCUACGAAUUUGAAAGACAUAUUGGCAGAUCUGAUACCCAAGGAGCAAGCCAGAGUAAAGACCUUCAGGCAGCAACAUGGCAAGACAGUAGUGGGUCAAAUCACUGUGGACAUGAUGUAUGGUGGCAUGAGAGGCAUGAAGGGAUUGGUAUAUGAAACAUCAGUUCUUGAUCCUGAUGAGGGCAUCCGUUUCCGAGGUUACAGUAUCCCUGAAUGCCAGAAACUGCUGCCCAAGGCUAAAGGGGGUGAAGAACCCCUGCCAGAGGGCUUAUUUUGGUUGCUGGUAACUGGACAAAUCCCAACAGAAGAACAGGUGUCUUGGCUUUCAAAAGAGUGGGCAAAGAGGGCAGCUUUACCUUCCCAUGUGGUCACCAUGCUAGACAACUUUCCCACCAAUCUACAUCCCAUGUCUCAGCUCAGUGCAGCCAUUACAGCCCUCAACAGUGAAAGCAACUUUGCCCGAGCAUAUGCAGAGGGUAUCAACCGAACCAAGUACUGGGAGUUGAUUUAUGAAGAUUGUAUGGAUCUUAUCGCAAAGCUACCUUGUGUUGCAGCAAAGAUCUACCGGAAUCUCUAUCGGGAGGGCAGCAGUAUCGGGGCCAUUGACUCUAAGCUGGACUGGUCCCAUAAUUUCACCAACAUGUUAGGCUAUACUGAUGCUCAGUUCACUGAGCUCAUGCGCUUGUACCUCACCAUCCACAGUGACCAUGAGGGAGGCAAUGUAAGUGCCCAUACCAGCCACUUGGUGGGCAGUGCCCUUUCAGACCCCUACCUGUCCUUUGCAGCAGCCAUGAAUGGGCUAGCAGGGCCCCUACAUGGUUUGGCAAAUCAGGAAGUACUUGUUUGGCUGACACAACUACAAAAAGAAGUUGGCAAAGAUGUGUCAGAUGAGAAGUUACGAGACUACAUAUGGAACACACUCAACUCAGGACGGGUUGUCCCAGGCUAUGGCCAUGCAGUACUAAGGAAGACUGAUCCACGAUAUACCUGUCAGCGAGAGUUUGCUCUUAAACACCUGCCUCAUGACUCCAUGUUUAAGCUUGUUGCUCAGCUGUACAAGAUUGUGCCCAAUGUCCUGUUAGAACAGGGCAAGGCCAAAAAUCCUUGGCCCAAUGUAGAUGCUCACAGUGGAGUGCUGCUCCAGUACUACGGCAUGACAGAGAUGAAUUACUACACAGUCCUGUUUGGGGUGUCACGGGCACUGGGGGUACUGGCACAGCUCAUUUGGAGCCGAGCCCUAGGCUUCCCACUAGAGAGGCCCAAGUCAAUGAGCACGGAUGGUCUGAUGAAGUUUGUGGACUCUAAGUCAGGGUAAAACUGGAGACUGGGGGGAAACUAACUACCAGAAAGUGAGGGAGCUUUAAAAAAAAGUAUAAUUUUGUUUUGUUUCAGGGGGCUUUUUAAGAUUUAAGAUUAAAUUGUAUCUGAGGCACUGAUAAUAAGUUUGAAGUUAAAAUAGAAAUUAAGACUUUAAAAGAUAAAAAGUAACCCCUUCUUCCCUAAUCAGUUCCUUUUUCCUGCUUGGUGAGUUGCCCAUCAACUGUAGGGUGACCAGGACUAAUGCAUGUGGUAUGGGUUAGGUUUGGGCCCCCCCCUCCCACCACCACCACUACCACCACCACCUCUAGAGUGAGAAUCUGACUCUUCUUUACCUGGGUCAAAGCUGGUUGCAGAGAAUCUGCAGUGACUUUAGAGCUUUUGGUUCUACUCAGCCCAGCCCUCCAUAGGCCAGCAAAUCGGGACUCUGCCCCUUCUGUUCCCAUAGGAAUCAUGUUGGAUUAUCAGUUCUGUGAAGCCUCAUUGCUCUCUCCCAUGCACACAGACACUUCCUAGCAAGACCUGUUGGGUUAGGCAGACCUCUUUGGCAUUUUUUUUUAUGCUACCAGGUGACCAUAAAGGCCAUGGCAUUUGUUGUGACUGGCACCCAAUGUUUGAUUUUUCUCUUUUAAAAUUAUCCUAUGAAAGUUAAGAUCUGGGAGUGUUCUAUUACUCACUGCUUUAAUAUUCCCCUCCUUCCAGAUUUUCUAUACCUGCUGUACCUCAAGCUGAGGGUGCUGUGGACUCCCCCCAUCCUUCCCCCCUGCCCCUUACUAGAGGUCUUUACUAGGCCUCUUCCAGCAGGUUGUAUAUGCCACUGUCUAAGCUGUGGUCCUUCCCAGUCAUUUGGCUUUAUCAGUGCUUAACAUGUACUAAACUUUUUAGUCCUGUGGAACACAAGCCACUACCCUUUGAUCUUUUUCUUCUACUUUAUUUUAAUACGCUAUGGGCCAUUGAAUAAGGACUUGGGAAUGACCAGCAUGCUAUCUUCAUAGUCUGGUUCCAGGGAUAUGGGUACUUCUUAGCAGGGAAAUUAUUUAAGAUUGGAUGUGGUUUCCUUUGAAUAUCAGGUCUUGGGGCUGAGAACAAAAGUAAUAGGCCUCCCUCUUCCCCUGCUACAAGAAAAUAUCCCUUUAUUUAUCAAGAUCCUUAUCUGGCCCCUUCCUCAAGAGCUCACAGUACAGUAUUUUUUAGAAGCCCCAUUUGCACAGGUUUCAGUGACUCAGAAUGCUCUACUGCCUUUUCUUUAAGAAAGGAUUGAAAUACACUCCUACAGUGCCCCCUUCCUUCCUCGCAACUCCUGCCUGUGUUUGUGUGGAACCCUAAUCCCCAGAACCACGCUGAGAUGGACACAUUGUCUGUAAACCCCUGGGUAACUGUCAAGUCAUGAUCCAGACUUCAGGUUGUUCUGUAUAAAAUGCAAAAUAAAUGUUUUUAUUAACAAUG